GCGCACGGCCAGGCCAUGCCCGGAGAGGCGGCGCGUGCCGAGCUGCUGCUGCCCGAGGCGGGCAGGCCCGGGCCCCGCACAGAUGGCUCCUGUGAGGCGGCUGCCAGCCCCAGCACAAGAGGGGGCCUGCGGGAGUCCCAUACCCUGACACCAGUACCCAGCCCGCUGGUCCUCACAUUCCUGCCCAGCAAGCCAGGCACCCGGCCCCAGCCCGAGGGAGCCAGCUGGGAUGCUGGGCCUGGUGGGGUCUCGUCGGCCUGGGCAGACACAGUAGAAGGCGGCCCGAGCUCAGCACUGCUCCCCGAGGGCCUGUCCCCAGAGACUCUGCCCUCUGCCCUGGAGCCCCGGAUUGUCAUGGGCGAGGAGACGUGCCAGGCCCUCCCAUCACCUGGGGCAGCCGAGCCAGUGCUCAGGGACCGGGAAGGUGGGCAUGAUGGCUUGCACCCACCACCCGAGCUGUGUUCUCAGGGUGAGCCUCCUGUGCCUUCCCCUUCCCCAGAGUCCUUCUUCACACCUCCUUCCACCCCCACUGCAACCACCUGUUCCCUGUUCCCCGGCCAUGGCUCCCAUGGCUGGGGCUCCAGGGUGGAGCAGGACUCGCCCCCUGGCUCCCCCUCGGGCUCCUACGUCACAGCUGACGGGGAUAGCUGGGCCUCAUCACCAUCCUGCUCCCUCAGCCUGCUGGCCCUGACCGAAGGCCUGGAUCUGGCCUCCAGCUGGGGCGUUUCCCCACCGGGCUCCGUGGUGGAUGAGCAUGAGCCGAGCCUACCGGAGCCCCCGGAGCUGCCCUCACCACCCUCCUCCUGCUCCAGCGUCUCCAGCAACAGCAGCUCUUCCUGGGGCCAGGAGGCCCACUUCUUCGACCUGGACUUCCUGGCCAACGACCCAAUGAUCCCCGCUGCCCUCCUGCCCUUUCGGGGCAGCCUCAUCUUCCAGGUGGAGGCCAUGGAGGUGACACCACUGCACCCAGCGGCAGAGGAGGAGGCAGCUGCAGCAUCCGACAGGGACCUGCCUGGGGAGGGUGAGGAGGACAGCCCAUCGGCCUCCUUCCUGCAGUCACUGUCUGACCUGUCCAUUGCUGAGGGCAUGGACGAGGCCUUUGCCUUCCACGACGACCCCUCGGCCUCUUCGUCCGACACAGAUUCAGCCUCCUAUGCGGGGGCCGAUGAUGAGAGACAGUACAGCGGGGAGCCCCACGCCCAGCCCAGCCCCCUCCCCAAGGAUGGAGCCCAGAGGGCAGGGUGGGAGUCCGGGGGCGCAGCUGAGGGGCCUGGCCUUCAGGGUGCAGGAGGAGGCACCUGCCUCAUCCAGAGCCAGCAUUCAGCUGAGCAAACAGCAGAAGCUGCUCUUGUCUUAGACUGGGAGCCCACGGCCACCAAGACACCCCCUGCUCUGCAGGCAGCCUCAGGAUCCUGGCUGACCCCUGAGGCCAAGCCAGAAGAGGACUCCACUGUGGAAGGAGCACUGAGCACCGAGGCAGAGCCCCAACUGACCCCUGAGGCCGAGCAGGAAGGGGAGGACUCCACUGUGGAAGGAGCAUUGAGCACCGAGGCAGAGCCCCAGCUGACCCCUGAGGUCGAGCAGGAAGGGGAGGACUCCACUGUGGAAGGAGCAUUGAGCACCGAGGCAGAGCCCCAGCUGACCCCUGAGGCUGAGCAGGAAGGGGAGGACUCCACUGUGGAAGGAGCACUGAACACUGAGGCAGAGCCGCAGCUGACCCCUGAGGCUGAGCAGGAAGAGGAGGACUCCACUGUGGAAGGAGCACUGAACACUGAGGCAGAGCCGCAGCUGACCCCUGAGGCCGAGCAAGGGGAGGACUCCACUGUGGAGGGAGCAUUGAGCACCGAGGCAGAGCCCCAACUGACCCCUCAGGCCGAGCAGGAAGGGGAGGACUCCACUGUGGAAGGAGCACUGAACACUGAGGCAGAGCCGCAGCUGACCCCUGAGGCCAAACCAGAAGGGGAGGACUCCACUGUGAAAGGAGCACUGAGCACCGAGACAGAGCCCCAACUGACCCCUGAGGCUGAGCAGGAAGAGGAGGACUCCACUGUGGAAGGAGCACUGAGCACCGAGGCAGAGCCCCAACUGACCCCUGAGGCUGAGCAGGAAGGGGAGGACUCCACUGUGAAAGAAGCACUGAACACUGAGGCAGAGCCGCAGCUGACCCCUGAGGCCGAGCAGGAAAGGGAGGACUCCACUGUGGAGGGAGCACCAAAUACUAAGGCAGAGUACCAGCUGACCCCUGAGGCCGAGCAGGAAGAGGAGGACUCCACUGUGAAGGGAGCACUGAGCACCGAGGCAGAGCCCCAGCUGACCCCUGAGGCCAAGCCAGAAGAGGACUCCACUGUAGAGGGAGCACUGAACACUGAGACAGAGCCCCAGCUGACCCCUGAGGCCGAGCAGGAAGAGGAGGACUCCACUGUGAAAGGAGCACUGAGCACCGAGGCAGAGCCCCAGCUGACCCCUGAGGCCGAGCAGGAAGAGGAGGACUCCACUGUGGAGGGAGCACUGAACAUCGAGGCAGAGCCCCAGCUGACCCCUGAGGCUGAGCAGGAAAGGGAGGACUCCACUGUGGAGGGAGCAGCCAUCACCAGGGCACAGCCCCAGCCCUGCAGAGUGGCGUCUGUGCACCUGAGUGUGGGGGCUGAGGACCGGAGGGGCGAAGGACGCAAGCCACGGGCACGGGGAGAUGGACCCAGGUCAACACCUCAAGGAACCUCGCAGUGGCCGGGGCCCCCCUCGGCCCCCUGCCCGCUCCUCAACCCCGAGUCAGCCCCCAGGGAUGCCAAAGACGCGGCCUCGGGGCCCCUGCCCCCCUGCCAAGUGCCUCCUGCAUCUGGGCCCAGCAGCCCGGCUGACGCACAAGGGCCCGAGGCCCCCGAGCUGCACGAAGAUGAGGAUAGCCCCGAGGAAGGUGAGGGGCAGGGCGGACCGGGGGGCCAGCAUUCAGAUAGCCAUGGAGAGUCAUCAGCCGAGCUGGACGAACAGGAUGCCUCGGUGCCUCAGACGGUGCAGUGCUCAGCCCAGGCCCCGGCAGGCAGCAGCGAGGAGACCAUAGCCAAGGCCAAGCAGAGUCGCAGUGAAAAGAAGGCCCGGAAGGCCAUGUCCAAGCUGGGCUUGCGGCAGAUCCAGGGCGUCACCAGAAUCACCAUCCAGAAGUCCAAGAACAUCCUCUUUGUCAUCGCCAAGCCCGAUGUGUUCAAGAGCCCAGCCUCCGACACCUACGUGGUCUUUGGGGAGGCCAAGAUCGAGGACCUGUCCCAGCAAGUGCACAAGGCUGCAGCUGAGAAGUUCAAAGUGCCCUCGGAGCCCUCCACCCUGGUCCAGGAGUCCCUGCCUGGGCCCCGGGUAAGGCCCGAGUGUGAAGAGGAGGAGGAAGAAGAAGAGGAGGAGGUGGACGAGGCAGGGCUGGAGCUGCGGGAUAUUGAGCUGGUGAUGGCCCAGGCCAAUGUGUCCAGGGCCAAGGCAGUGCAGGCCCUGAGAGACAACCACAGUGACAUUGUCAACGCCAUCAUGGUGAGUGAGGCAGCCCCCCACCCCACCCCUGCCACCCCUCGCCCCCGCGCCUAG